AUGGCGAUCUCAGAGGCCAAUUUCAACCAGCAUUUCGACGUAACUUGGGGCCAUCACCGUGCCCAGAUCAAGGACGGCGGCCAGCUCCUGACGCUGUCACUGGAAAAGGAUUCCGGGGCAGGGUUCCAGUCCAAGAACCAGUACCUCUUCGGCAGAAUCGAUAUGCAAAUCAAGCUUGUCGCCGGCAAUUCUGCUGGCACCGUUACCACAUUCUAUGUGAGUCAUGGACCAAAUCACGAUGAGAUCGACUUCGAGUUUCUGGGGAAUUCCUCCGGCAAUCCCUACACUCUUCAUACCAAUGUUUUCAGUCAGGGAAAAGGAAACCGGGAACAACAAUUUCAUCUUUGGUUUGACCCAACCACUGCUUUCCACACGUACACCAUCCUCUGGAAUUCUCAGCAAAUCAUAUUCCUAGUGGACAACAUACCUAUAAGAGUGUUCACGAACAUGGAAUCACAGGGAGUUCCUUUCCCUAGUAAGCAGCUAAUGAGCAUUCACUCCAGCUUGUGGAAUGCGGAUGAUUGGGCUACGCAAGGAGGGCGGGUGAAGGCUGAUUGGACCAACGCUCCCUUUGUGGCUUCUUACAAAAAUUUCAAAGCAGAGGCGUGCAUCAGGAACCCACCGUCCGCCUCCUCUACGUGUUCUCCGGGAGCUCAGUAA